CUACUAUUAGCCAACUAUAUUGUGUGUAGAAAAAACAAUAAAAGUGUUUUUAUAAGCUAUUUGUGACCAGCAAAUAUGACAUUAAUUGCUAAAUAAUAUUUUUUGUGGUCAUGUGUAGUUUUUAAAUAUUGAAUUAUUAAUUAUUGUUUGUGUUCUAGUGGCAUGAUAAUUUAUGAAGAACAUCUUCAAAUUGUAAACAAUUUGCUACUUCGUUAUUGUUGUUAUUAAAGGAUGUGGAAGAGCAGCUCGAGAUGUGUUUGUCAUGGAAACGGAGCCGGAGAUCAUUAAGGAAUGACAGACUGAACCUCUCCGGUGUGUUUCUACUCAAACCCGAGCGGAAUAAACUCGGACAACCGUGAUAGCAGUAGGCUAUUACACGUAAAACUUCACUUGAGCUGCAGUAUGUCGGCGAACGGGAUUCAGGACCGUCCGGUUACCGUGACGGAGCCGCACAAGGGCGGUGGCGCGCACGAGAUGACGGCGCGUGGGUCCUCUCUGUCUCUUCCGCGUUUCAUGCGUCUUAAGUUUACACCGGAGUCUCUCGAGAAAGUUUAUCAGACGUAUUUUCUGCGUCAGCGGCAGGAGACGUUACUGGUGCUGAUCGUGUUCGCAGCUCUGUUCAACAGUUAUGUGAUCAUCAUGUGCGCGGUUGUUUACUCUCAGGAUAAACUGAACACGCUCGCGGUGGCGGCAGCUGGGCUGGGUUCGGAUAUUCUGCUCUAUAUUAUGUCCCGGUUCCGUUUUCUGCCAGAGGCCGUGUCCCAGAGCCUCAUGCCAUACGUGCUGUGGCUGCUCAUCACGGUCCACGUGCUGUGCUACUUCAGUUUGAACUUCGCGGGCUUUUACGCAGCCGGUGACACGGUUGGAUGGCAGAUAUUCUUCAUCUUCUCCUUCUUCCUCACGCUCCCACUGCCGCUCGCGCCCAUCGCGCUCCUGAGCGCGCUCUCGUGCUGCGCGCACACGCUACUGCUGGGAUUCACUGUAGCGCAGAGGCACCAAGAUAAACUACAGUUAACAGUGCUGAUCAGACAGCUUGUGGCGAAUCUGAUGCUGUAUUUUGCUGCAGUGCUGGUGGGCGUGAUGUCAUAUUUCAUGGCCGACCGUAAGUACCGCACGGCGUUCCUAGAGGCCAAACAAUCUCUGGAAGUCAGUCUUACACUGAAGGAACAGGGUCAACAACAGGAGGAAUUGUUGUUGUCCAUCUUGCCGAAGCACAUAGCAGAUGAGAUGCUUCAGGGCAUGAAAAAAGAAGCCAAUCAGAAAUCAGAUGCUCAGCAGUUCAACACCAUGUACAUGUACCGCCAUGAAAAUGUCAGUAUCCUUUUCGCAGAUAUUGUAGGUUUUACACAGCUGUCGUCUGCCGUGACUCCGAAAGAACUUGUCAAACUACUCAACGAGCUGUUUGCUCGCUUCGACAAACUAGCAGCACAACACCAUCAGCUGAGGAUCAAGAUUCUGGGAGACUGUUAUUACUGUAUCUGCGGUUUGCCAGAUUACCGUGAAGAUCACGCGGCCUGCUCUAUUAUGAUGGGCUUGUCUAUGGUGGAGGCCAUCUCCUACGUGCGUGAAAAAACUCAGACGGGAGUGGACAUGCGUGUAGGCGUGCACACGGGUACCGUACUGGGUGGAGUCCUGGGUCAAAAGCGCUGGCAGUUUGACGUUUGGUCCACUGAUGUUACCGUGGCAAACAAGAUGGAGUCAGGGGGAAUCCCUGGGCGUGUGCACAUCUCUCAAAGCACAAAGGACUGUUUGCAUGGUGAGUUUGAGCUGGAGGAGGGCAAUGGAGGAGAACGCUGCGAGUAUCUUCUGGAGAAAGGCAUUGACACAUACCUGGUGUUGGUGUCCAAAGAAACCCCCAAAACAAACGGAGUGACCAACGGCACAGUGAUCAACACCACAGAAACCAGCGGCAGCAACACAUCAGUAAAGAACAUACCUGAGGAGUCAGAAACACAGCGGCUACAGUUGGCCAGUAUGACAGAUGAAAGGAUGGAAGUCGAGCAUCUGAACCAUCUGCUGAAUAAAGCUCUGCUGGAGAGAGAGACAGAGGAGACUCUGGAGGAGAGGAAGACGGCUCUUCUCUCUCUGAGGUUUAAGGACUCUGAUCUGGAGUCUCGUUACUCUGCAGAGAAGGAGAGACAGACAGGUGUUGCUUUCAGCUGCUGUUGUGUGGUUCUGAUCUUCACCUCAGCCAUGGAAAUGCUCAUAGAUCCACAGUUGAUUGUGAAUUACGUGACUCUGGCUGUUGGUGAGCUGUUACUGCUGAUUCUGACUCUGUGUUCACUAGCGGCCGUCUUUCCUCGAGUCUUUUCCCGGAGGCUGGUGUCCUUCUCGCAGUGGAUCGACCGCACACGUUGGGCUCGUAACACAUGGGCCAUGGCCGCCAUAUUUGUUCUAACCAUGGCUGAGGUGGCUGAUAUGCUGAGCUGUGUUCAGCCCCCCCUGUUGCUCCUGAACUCCACUUCCGGCCUGACGCUCGAGGCUCUGGGUGACGGCGGAUGUGCCGAGAACCCCAAACACUACGGAUACAUAUCAGUGCUGUCUCUCGUGGCAACCGUGAUGCUCGUACAGCUCAGCCAUGUCGUCAAGCUGGCGCUCAUGUUGCUGGUUACCAUAGUGACAGGUGCCGUAAACAUCCACAGCUGGAUGUACAUUUACGACAUCUACGAUUUUAUUCGCUACCUGGACUACAGGUAUUCGGUGGUUCCCACUAGAUAUCUGCUGACCAUGAUGAUUAUCAUCAUGAUGAUGAGUUUUUACUACUUUGCACGCCACGUGGAAAGACAGUCCCGUAAGCUGUUUCUGUGGAAGGUUGAGGUGCACGAACAGAAGGAGAAAGUGUAUGAAAUGAGAACAUACAAUGAGGCGCUGGUCACUAACAUGCUUCCUGAUCACGUGGCCAAACACUUCCUGGGCUCCAAGAAGCGCGAUGAGGAACUUUACAGUCAGUCGUAUGAUGAGAUCGGCGUGAUGUUCGCCUCUAUUCCCAACUUCUCUGACUUUUACACAGAGGAGAGUAUAAACAACGGAGGGAUAGAGUGCCUCCGAAUCCUUAAUGAGAUCAUCUCUGACUUUGACAGUCUGUUGGAUCGCACAGAGUUUCGCCACAUUACGAAAAUCAAAACCAUCGGAAGCACAUACAUGGCUGCAUCAGGAGUGACGCCGGAGAGCAACACUAACGGAUACGCCGACCGCAAGAUAGAGGAUCAGUGCAUCAUGGAGCGCUGGCAACACUUUGCUGAUUUGGCAGACUUCGCGCUGGCUAUGAAAGUCACACUUGGAAACCUAAACAAACAGUCAUUUAAUAACUUCAUGCUUCGCAUAGGUCUGAAUAAGGGGAGUGUGUUAGCUGGAGUGAUUGGUGCACGCAAACCUCAUUUCGAUAUCUGGGGAAACACUGUGAACGUGGCCAGUCGUAUGGAGUCCACUGGUGUUAUGGGUAAUAUACAGGUGGUGGAGGACUGCUAUAACAUCCUGAAGGAGUAUGGUUUCCGUUUCGUCAGAAGAGGACCCAUCUUUGUAAAAGGAAAAGGAGAACUGCUCACUUUCUUCAUGAAGGGCAAAGACAAACCUGUCGCAAAGACAACCGCGGUCUCUCUCCCACAUCAAAUACUAGACAAAUCCUGAGAGGAAUGAAGAAGACUAGGACAUUGACACUUUAUUUUAUAUUAUUUUGAGACCUUUCCACUUUUUUAAUAUAAAAAUGGAAAGGGGACAGUGAAUUAUUGAGGAGAGAGGAGACACAAACCUGUGUCUCCCAAAUGAGCACGACAGUUCAACAUGUCUGCAGCACAUGCACUACCCAGCAGCUCUGAAACAGAUACAUUUUUAAAAAACAAAUUCAGAAGCAUCCACAGCCAAAGGUUGAAAGUACAUCUGGUCUGUUGUGUUUUCAUACUUUAUGCACAUUCCCUCAUUAAAAAAGCUGAUAAAGAACAUAUGUGUCCAUAUGAUAAGGAUGGGCAGGGCACAAAAUUACAGUAAACUAUGAAAUGUCAUUUGUAAUUAUUGAACAUUGUAUUGUUGGCUAUAUCAAGCACAUAAAAAGAAGUGUGAAGCAUAAAAUAGACCAUGAUAAAAAUUCUUUAAUAUUAAUUUGUGGACACAAACACACAAUCAGGAGCUAAACAGCACUACUCAGAAACUUUCAGAUUAAAGGACAUACACAGACGACAUAUACAUUUUUUGAACAGAACAUGGAAAAUGUUGUAUCAUUCAUUAUUUUAUAUUAUGAGAGCAUCAACAGAAGGCAGAGAGUUUUAUUCUAUUUUUAUUUUACAUAUAGCUUAUACAUCACACUAAGACGUGUAGUCAGCAUGUUUUUUUUUACUGAAGCAAAUGGCAUUUUUAAUAGUCAAACAUCUCCAGGUCAAUAGCUCAACCCCAGCAGGCUGUCUAAUAUUUUAUUGCUUUUUUAUAAACAUAUUUCAGUCAUGACAUUCAGUUUGUCUUGUGUAUAUACUAUGUGAAACUCCUGGUUAUAGAUUGUUAUGGCUCUCAGAAUGUGUGUGGAUUUUUUUGUAGAUUUAGCAGCUUUUUAUGCCAUUCUCAGUGUUUUAUUGUUUGACCAAAUGAGAAGAAUGAUUUAAUGACUCUUGAGCAGGCACAUUAAACAGAGCCAAACUUUA